AUGACAAUUGCGGUCCAUUUGACAACCAAGGUGUUGCUGUGUCUCCUGUCAUUAGUAGUGAUGAACCUGAAUUUCAUGAUACACGGCCAGAUAUGUCAGAACACAAUGAAUCUAUUAGAGGGGGAGAAUGAGACUGAGGUUAUAGAAGAGUUGGCAAGCAGUCAUGGCAUGCAACUCAGGGAUCGCACUCAGCUCCGGCCACCGGUAGAGUACACCAACCUGCACCCACAUAUUGUUAACGUGAACAUAUUAAAUAAGCGGUUGCAAUUUAUGUUACCCAUGGUAAUGUGUGGACGUUUGUACGUGGCGGGCUCUUUAGCGCUACACUUUCACCCUGCGAGGUCGGUGACGGUUGCCUCUCGAGCGCGGACGCCAAUCAAUGCCGUCCCAUUCGUCAGAUUCGCGAGUUCUUCGUCUGCGUCGCUCACUAACACUAAGAGGAAAAUGGUUACAUUAUCAUCUCACGAUGUCAACGGUCUCAGUAAACGGGAUAUUAAGAUGGCUAUGUUUAUGGACAAAAAUUUCAGCUAA